ACGAGUUAUGUAUCCUGUGCAACUGAUUACAUCAAAAUGUGGUGUUUUGCGCAAAAAACAAACCAUUGUUGUGUGCAAAAAAUGCCCUAACUAGUGGUGUUAUGCCCUUUCUGUAGUUUAAUAUGGAGGAGGUAUGCUUCUGCUCAAAAUGCCUGACAGCUCAUUAACCUUGUUCAUAGUUCAAUGGCAAAACAAGGUUUCGUUUGAGUUGCUUAAUUUUCUUUAUGUCCUGUGGAUACUAGAUAAUUUUGGUUUCAUUUUCACACAUGCAUUUCUGUGUCUGUGUCUCUUCAUACAUACAAUUGUCGUCACUUCUGUGGGUAGUUUGUUUCUUAACAGUAGAGCAUUUGGAUCUAUAUGCUAGAGAGCUGCUUUCUAUGUUGGAGCACCAGUGAGAUAUCAUACUCAUUAUAUCUGAGAGCCGCCAAUGUUUUUCUUUCCACAUACAGUUCCUCUACUCUUUGCUCCCGUUCAUCCACUGUUAAUUGUAAUCCAGGCUAAAGGCUUUAUCUUCUUAAUACCUUGUUUUAUUAGUGUUAUCAUAUGCUCCACCAUGUUUGAGUAAUUCUUAGUGUGAUGUAUAUCUCUCUGUCAGGUGCUUAGACUGGCGUCCCAGUGCUGGAAUGCUUUUAUUGAUCAUUCAGUUUACAAGGCGCAAAUACAGAACUCACUUGUAAGGGGCAAAUAACCUUGAAAAAUAUAAAUAGUUUCACCGGUAGCUCAAUUCAGGACACUAAGUUAGGUUUCGCAUGUGACAAGGUUAGUCAUAGCGAAAAACAGCUUUUCCUAAGUGCUAAUGUGUGUCUCCUUUUGUUAAAGAGAACAUUGGAAGAUCUUCAUCAGAAGGAUUUAUUCCAUUGCAACCCAAAGUCUCUCCUUAAAAGGUCCGUUCCCGUGAUGUACUACUUUCUGUGGUUCAGUAUUUGGUAAUCAUAUACUGUAACUUUCCUUGCUAGUUACAUCGUGUAUAUAUUGGAUUAUUGGCUCACGGAUUACAUUGUGUUUAUGAUAUGAUCUGAAACAUUGAAUCUUACAGAUAAGGAAACUUGAGGCGUCAGUUGCACCGAAAGUGGAGUGCUGUAGAUAUUUUCCAGUUACCUUCUUAACUUGGCAUAAUUGGUACUGGUUUGGUGGUAAUUACCGUUCGUUCACUUUAUCUUCAUACGGUGCUUUUCUCUGUACGUUGGUUCGAUGAAGAACACAGAGAAAUUGACUAAAAUAAAUAUAACAUAAAGAAUGUCGUAAUUAAAUACCAAACAAAUAAACUCUGUUUAGUAGCAAGGCCCCAACACUUUCCAAGUUUACCUUUGACAAAUAAUGUCACACAGGAAGCCUUUUCAUCUUUUAAAAAAAGUAGCUCUAGCACAUCCUGCAUUGGAUAACGAGUAGACAGAGGUGAAAAUUAAGUUAGUGCUUAAACGUGCCAGAGGUGCUAGUAACAUGUGCCUGCCCUUCUCUGAUUACCUCGUAGUGAUGGAUGGCUAACUGGCCAGCCGUGUGCUAGCUAGGAUUAACAGGCUAUUAGCUAGUUGUAAUUAAUUGUUUGGCUUGUUCUUUUGUUGUGGUUCAUCUCCUCUCCUCGGGAACAAUGGGAACCGGCCAAGAAGACAGUAGCGGCUUCUGCGAGGGCCGUGGGAUCUGGGUCACUAUUUGGUAAGCCAAGCAACCUUUUUCCAUCUAUAGAUAUAGAAGGACUAGUUCCUAUUUCCAAUAAAGUGCAAUUCUCAGCCUCCGGCUUCCCCAAGGAGAUACCCUCUUCCGCCUCCAGAUCUGGAAAUCAUGGUGACACUCUCUCCAGAUCUGCAAGUCAUGGCGUCGCUCUCUCCAGAUCUGCCGGACGAACUUGUCCAUGAGAUCCUCUUCCGCCUCCCGCCAGAUGAGCCCGCAUGCCUUUUCCGUCUCUCCGUACUCUCCAAUCCCUGGCGCAGUCUCCUCUCCGAUCCUGAAUUCCACCACAACUACCGCAAGUUCAAUCGGUCGCCUCCUAUGCUCGGCUUCAUCUACAACAGUGAGGUGAGCUCUGUCAGUCACUUUGUCCCCACCACAGGGCCCUGCCCCCCAUGCACUUUUGAGCCCCAGCCGGCUGACUUCAUCGUGUGCGAUUGCCGCCACGGCCGUGUCCUCCUCGACAACGGUGAGGUGUCCAUGGAGCUUGUGGUUUGGGACCCCAUGACGGGCCGCCGAAAAGACCUGAGCGACCCCUGCAGGUCCUUGUUCUAUCUCGGGACCGCGGUGCUAUGUGCUGUGUACGGCUGCGACCAUGCCACUUGCCACGACGGCCCUUUCCAUGUUGUUUUUGUCCGUAUUGAUGCAGAGGCGGGGAGCGCAACCGCCUACAAGUACUCGUCGGAGACGGGUGAGUGGAGCACGCCGACGUCUGAGCUUGCCCUCUUCGAGGAGCAUGACAUUGUCGUGGAGCCUGACCUCAUCGACGAGCUUGGCCCCGUUGACGACGGUGCUGCGUUGCACAGUGUCCUCGUUGAAGACUCCCUCCACUUCCUCCUUAUGUCUGGGCCACAAGGCUCUCGAAUUCUCAAGUACGACGUAGGAAGGCAUUUCCUCUCGGUGAUCGUCCUGCCGGCGGCUGUUCAUUACCGGAGCACCAUUCUCAUGGCAACAGAGGAUGGAAGGCUGGGAGUCGCCCACCUGGACAGGCUUAUCCUUCACCUGUGGUCAAGGGAGGUGGGUCCUGACGGAGUUGCAGCAUGGGCGGAAUAUAGAGUCAUCGGCCUCAUGCCGUUUCUCCCCAUUGGAGAUCCUGCGAUCAAAGUGGAGUUGAUUGGCUCUGUGGAGGGUGCCAAUAUCAUCUUCGCCACCACAUCUCUUGGCGUCUAUGCUAUUGACCUCAAGUUGCUGCGGUCAAGAAAGUUGUGUGAAGGACAAGCCAUUCGACCGUUCUUCCCCUUCAUGAGCUUCUACUAUCCAGUUUCUGCAGAAUGGCAAACUGGAACAAGUUUUCUGGCACGGGCAUCGGUUGCUGCGCGUCACCGGUGAUGUGUUGGACAGACCCCUGUGGUGUGUCUCACCAAUAAGAUCGAUUAUGUCAUAGAGUCAAUUAAGGGUUUGUGACGUUGUAAUGAAUUAUUUCAGUACUAGGUGUUUUGGUGGCACUUUGUUUAUUUCUCAUGCUGUUUGCUUUUGUGAGUAACUUUACUUAAUUAAGUUCCAUAAUUUUGUCAACUGUGUCGGUGCGCGGGUGCGUGCCUGUGAACUUGCUAUAUGCUUUCAGUUAGUUGAUGAAGUUGGUGGCUUUGUCUUUUUGGGUUCA